UCGCUUUGGUCACACUGACCUGACCAGUUGUUUUUUCACGCCAACGCCAUUUACGCUCUUUGGAAACUCUUUUUCGCAAAUCCAAGCAGAAACAGGACAAAAACACACCUGCCCCAGGAUGUUGGCCCUUAUCAACAGGAUCCUUGAGUGGUUCAAGAGCAUCUUCUGGAAAGAGGAGAUGGAACUGACUCUGGUGGGGCUGCAAUUCUCCGGGAAGACGACGUUCGUCAAUGUUAUUGCAUCCGGACAAUUCGCUGAGGACAUGAUACCCACAGUUGGCUUCAACAUGCGAAAGAUCACCCGGGGCAAUGUGACGAUCAAGGUGUGGGAUAUUGGUGGCCAGCCCCGAUUCCGAUCCAUGUGGGAGCGCUAUUGUCGCGGCGUUAAUGCGAUUGUCUAUAUGGUGGAUGCAGCUGAUCUGGACAAAUUGGAGGCCUCGAGGAACGAGCUGCACUCACUAUUGGACAAACCGCAGCUGGCUGGCAUUCCAGUGCUCGUGUUGGGCAACAAACGUGAUCUUCCAGGCGCCCUCGAUGAAACCGGGCUCAUCGAUCGCAUGAAUUUAUCGAGCAUACAGGACCGUGAAAUCUGCUGUUACAGUAUUUCCUGCAAGGAGAAGGACAAUAUUGACAUUACGCUGCAGUGGUUAAUUCAACAUUCGAAAAGCCAAAGUCGUUAGAUAACGAACACCUACACACACACGCCCCUACCCACAACACUCACACACUUAGGCACUAUAUCUCACACAGAACAACUAUAUAUACACAUAUACACUAAUAAUAAUUUGCAGAGUGAUGAACAAUGAGCAAAAAGCCAGCAGUAAGCCAACUAUUUGUGGUACAAGAUUGAAAACAAAAAAACAAAACUAAAACUAAAACACAGCGAGUAAUAACUAUGCCUUGAAAAAUCUGUUUGUAUGGUGUGUCUGCAUGUAUGUUGUAUGUGAUUUCGCAGUGCAGGGUUCGGGUGCUCGACUGUCUCGAAUUUGUAGAUUCACAAAGGGAAGAUGCUUAAAUGAAUUCUGUGUACGUUGUAAGUUUUGUUAGUUAAUCUAUAUGCCGAUACACACAAACACACACAUACACAAGACAACACACAUGACACGCUCGUGUGUAUUUAGUAUUUCAUUCUGGCUUGAUCGACCAAUUAUCCCCUAUAUAUGAAUGUCGCCUCUACAAAUAUCGUUGCCCGUCUCCACGUUUAGUUAGACUUAUGUUUAGUGUUGAUUGGUGUGAUUAUUUACAUAUUAUUUUUAUAAUUUUUGUAUACAAUAUAUAAUUUACAUUUCGCUGAUACGCUUCUAUGCAGAUUAUUUAUUUAUAACUGGAAUUUUUGCUUAGCGAAAACAGAAAACAAAAUAUGGAAGCAACGGAAAAGUCUAAACUAUGAAGACGUUUUAAACUAUAAAUAUAUAUUUAAACUAUAUGAAUGUAAAAUCAAUUAAGCAAGCGCAAGCCAUAGUUAAUGAAAUUCCAUGAUUGAUUGUAAAAUAUACAAAAA